AUGGCCUCUGUUGGUUUCCAGCUUGUAGGCUACAUCCUGGGCCUCCUGGGGUUGCUGGGCACUCUGGUAGCCAUGCUGCUCCCCAGCUGGCGAACCAGCUCCUACGUUGGCACCAGCAUCGUGACGGCAGUCGGCUUCUCCAAGGGCCUCUGGAUGGAGUGUGCCACACACAGCACAGGCAUCACCCAGUGUGACAUCUAUAGCACGCUUCUAGGCUUGCCUGCUGACAUCCAGGCUGCCCAGGCCAUGAUGGUAACAUCCAGUGCAGUCUCUUCAUUGGCCUGCAUCGUCUCUGUGGUGGGCAUGAGAUGCACAAUCUUCUGCCAGGACUCCAGAGUCAAAGACAGAUUGGCGGUGGUAGGAGGAGUCUUCUUCAUCCUUGGAGGCCUCCUGGGCUUCAUCCCUGUUGCCUGGAAUCUUCACGGGAUCCUGCGGGACUUCUACUCCCCACUGGUACCUGACAGCAUGAAAUUUGAGAUCGGAGAGGCUCUUUACCUGGGCAUUAUUUCCUCCCUGUUCUCCUUGGUAGCUGGAAUCAUCCUCUGCUUUUCCUGCCCACUCCAGGGAAAUCGCUCCAACUACUAUGAUGCCUAUCAGGCCCAGCCCCUCGCAACUCGGGGCUCUCCAAGACCUGGUCAACCACCCAAGGUCAAGAGUGAGUUUAACUCCUACAGCCUGACAGGGUAUGUGUGA